AUGUUAAAUAAUACGAUUUCAUCAAUGAAAACAUUACCAGUAGAACUACUUCAUAGAAUUUUUGAUAAUCUUGAUGCAGAAACAAUUCUUCUUUCAAUUCGACCAGUCUCAAGAUUAUUUCGAUUAGUUGUUGAUAAUUACGAUCGAUAUGUUUUUGACUUAAAAUUAAUUUCAAAGACAAAUUUUUAUCUUCUUUGUCGGCUAAUUUCUCCAAAAAAUGUUAUUUCGAUAAUAUUUUUCAACAAUCAACAAACGUUAGGUCAGUUAGAUUUAUUUCUUUCACUUGUUCGUCUUCAAGAAUUUGCUCGACUUCAUUCUUUAAUAUUUAUUAACAUCGAUGAAUUUCAAUUAAACUUUAUUCUAAAACGAAUCAAUUGUAAUACACUAACUUCAUUAUCCUGUAAUAUUCGAAUAUAUGAUGCGAGAUACAAAAAUGCCACUACGUCUCGUCUCUCAUCGAUAAUAGCACAAUCAACUCUUCGUAAACUAAAACUUGAUAUAAGUGCUGAAAGAAUGUUGGAAAUUUCAUGGCCAUCAAUUUGCACAAUUGAAUAUUUGACAAUAAACGACAGGAUAACUAUGGAUAACCUUUGUAAAAUUUCUCAAUGCUCUCCUGAUUUACAUACACUUGUCAUGAAGAAGACUUCUCAAUACAUAACCAAUAAUUUAACUUUAGCAAAUCAUCUUGCAAUAAAUUUUCGACAAUUAACAUCAUUAAUUAUUGACGAGAUUGACGUAACUAUUGAUCAACUCGAAUCAUUUCUUUUAUUGACGCCAUCACUUAUUCAUCUAAAAUUGAUUGAUGGACAAAAUAGACUUGAUGGAAAAAGAUUAAUUGAUGGAGAACGAUGGGAAGAAUUUAUUAAAAUAAAUCUACCUGAAUUAGAAAAAUUUGAAUUUUAUUUCAAUGAAUGGAGAUUAACAAAACAAACUAAAACAGAUCUUGAGUUAACUAUUGCUUCAUUUCGAACACCAUUUUGGAUUGAAUACAAAAAAUGUUUUGUUAUAUGUGAAUGUGAUAUGAAAUAUUCAUUUAACAUUCGUCUUUAUUCUAUACCGAUAUUUAAAUCUUCUGUAUUUUAUACAUUGAACUCGAAAAAAAUUUUUUCAUCUACUUAUCAUAUGACCAUAGACCAAGACGUAUCAGUAAUGGAUAAUAUCAAUUUGGUUUAUUUUGGUUUAACACAAUCCGUUGAUGAUCAUACAGAAGAGAAAGUAUGUUAUUCAACUUGA